AGACAGGCGGGUCAUCCAUAUUGGCCAAGCAAUGGAUCCCGCAAGAAGAUCUCCUUUUCUCUUUCUUCUUUUAUCAUUAAUCUACUCUAUUAGUCUUUACAGUUUACCAGGGAGCUCUAAUGCCCAGUUGCUAGGUGAGAAUGGCAGUGGGUCAGCCUCUGGAAGCGGUGGAGGUCUGCGUGAAGACUUUGACCCAGUCAUAGUACAAGGUCCUACAUCACAAGCUGUUGUAGUGGAAGAAUCGAUCGAGCUCUUUUGUUUUGCAAAUUACACUGACACAAUUGAGUGGCUCAAAGAUGGCAGCAUAGUCUCAUCCUCCAUGACUGUUGUGGCGGUUGAGACAGAAGAUGAUGACGUGUUGCAGAGCAUUCUAAGUUUUAAUGCUAGCUUGACUGAUAGCGGUGAAUAUGUCUGUAACGCCAGCAACAGAUUUGGGCAUGUUUUGUCUAACACUGCUACUGUUACAAUAUUACAUCCAGCUAAUAUCACAGUGUCUCCUAGUGGCCAGGUCAUUAUAAAUGAAACAGAUGAUGUCAUUCUCACCUGCCAAGGAUUCGGAGUCCCUCUACCAUCUCUCACCUGGUUAAGCAAUGAAACAAUGCUCGGUUCUGGUGGGGGCCCACUAGGAUUUUCAAUAUUAACUAAUGUCAGCGAUGAGGUUGAGAUUACAGUUAGUACUGGUUUGGAUUCCCAAGGACGAGCGGUGACUCUCUCCCUCCUAACGUUGUUCAGCGUAAUGAAAGCUGAAGAGGAUAUAACUUACACUUGUAACGGUGAUAAUGGAGUUGUGAAUGACAUUGGAGCAAUUAGCAGUCUUUCCGUAUCGCUCAUUAUUCAAGUCCCACCGUCUGUUUCAGUCAAUGGUCGUCGUACAGUUUUAGGUGUCGUUGGUGAGAGUGUCACGUUAUCAUUUAACAUUACUAAUGAUGAUCCACGAGUCACCACUAAUGGCCUACAAUGGAUAUUCACUAAUCUUGAGGGCUCUACCGAUAUCACUGGUUCAAACAUUGAUGGUUUUACUUUCUCUGGGGACUUGUUGACCCUGAGUAUCAUCGGAGUGUCUCAUAGUAAUGAAGGUAACUAUACUUUAAUAGCGAGGAACCCUGCUGGUUCAGCUGAGUCUACUGUUAGUCUUGAGGUGGAAGCUGGCCCAGUGAUCAUUGAUGCUCCUGCUAGUCAGCAGGUCCUCACUGGUCAAGAUGUUCUGCUGAAUUGUACUUCUGCCUCAGAACCACUUCACUCCGUUGUCUGGUUCUUUAAUUCAAGUACAGAGAUUGUUAGAUACAACGCUACUACAAGAGAUUUCUUCCUCAUUUCUAAUAAUAAAUAUAUCUUUGAAGACCCCUCCUCUCCAACAUACGGCUCAUUAACUAUCAGGAAUGCCUCAUUAGCUGAUGCUGGACAAUACACAUGCGUUGUAUCCAAUAUCCACAUGACACAGUCGGCCUAUGCUUCUCUGAGAGUCCAAUUGCCUCCUAAUGUAAACAUUUCCUCCUUCCCACUGUCUGGAAUUUAUGGUGACACAGCUUCAUUUACUUGCACUGUCAGGGCGUUCCCCACUCCUACAGUCACUUGGAUUAUCAAUGGUAGUAUUAUUAAUCCUGCCACUGAUCCAGGAGCUAGUGUUAGUUUUUCUAUGCCAGAGACGGAUACUUCUGUUAGUGUGCUAACACUCAGUAGUUUGACCCUCGAUGACAAUGGAGGUUAUCAGUGUCACGCUGUCAAUGACUUGGCGGAAAGGGUUGAGGCUCUUUCCGAGUCUUUUAAUUUCUCUGUGUUCCAUCCUCCUAAUGUAACUACUCUUGAGCCAAGAGAGAUCAUCAUAAACCAAACACAACCAGCAAACUUCACAUGUCAAGCUUACGGAAUACCAACUCCAUCCAUCAAUUGGAUAAACGUGUCCAGUGGAUUGAUAGUACAACCAGUAACUGGUCUCAUUGAUAUAAUGGAGACCUUACUGCCUCCAACUACACUACAGUCAGUACUAGUGUUUAGCAAUGGAUUAAAGACUGAUGAGUCAAUAUAUACUUGUAUUGGAAUCAAUAACAUCACCAAUAUAAUACAGUCACCAGAACAAGACAAUAUAACCUUAUUAGUACAAGGUAAUGUAUAA